AUGGUACGAGAACGAAGCAGAAGCAGAGAAAGAGAACGUGAAAGACGACGUAGGUCACGAUCACGUUCUGCUGGUCGGACUCGAAUUGUUGAUAAAGAUCGUUCACGUCGUCGUAGCCAAGAACGCCGUCGAUCACGAAGCCCCGUAGAUCGUAGACGAAGUCGAAGUAGAAGCCGUGAACGAGUGGAUGAAAGAAGGCGAUAUGGUAAUGAGGAGAGAUCACGAAGGGAUCGAGAAAAGGAAAAACAAACGAAAGAUGUUGGUGUUGAUUCUUUGAAAGGACUCGACAAAGACAUGCUUAAAUUAAUGGGUUUUGCAGGUUUUGAUACAACUAAGAAUAAAAAGGUGCCAGGUAAUGUUGAUGGUGUAGUAUCAAUUAAUAAACCACGACGAUAUCGGCAGUAUAUGAACAGGAAAGGUGGAUUUAACCGACCAUUAGAUUAUGUUGCAUAA